AUGCUAUUGUCUGAAAAUCGGGUGGCUGUUUGUGCUAUUCUGGAAUCUCAUGUGGAUGUUACAAAUUUAUCUAAGGUAUGUAAAGCUGUUUUUCGGAAUUGGGCUUGGACUUCGAAUGGUGAUGUGUGUGAUCGUGGUACUAGAAUCAUCAUAGGGUGGAACAUGGAGGUUGUGGAUCUUAUGGUCUUGUCUCGAGAGGAGCAAGUUAUUCAUACUCAAUUAUGUCCGAAAAAUGGUAGUGCAUCUUUCUUCACCUCUUUUGUGUAUGCUAAGAAUACGUAUCAGGAAAGACGACGCUUAUGGGAUACUCUAUGUAUGCACAGCAGUUUUUGUCAUGAUAAGCCGUGGGUGGUCAUGGGGGAUUUUAAUUCGGUCCUUCAAGUGGAUGAUUCUUUGAAUGGGCCUUCUACGAGUUCUAUUGGUAUGAGAGAGUUUCAUGUUUGUGUCCAGCAUACAGAACUUGUUGAUAUUGUGGGUCAUGGGUUGCACUUUACGUGGAACCAGAAACCAAAGAAGGGUAUUGGCUUGCUAAAGAAGCUUGAUAGGGUUAUGGGUAAUUUGAAAUUCGUUGAAUUGUUCCCGGAAGCUUUUGUCCGGUAUCAUCCGUUUAGGAUAUCGGAUCAUACUCCAUGCAUUCUUAAUAUGUCCAACUCGGUCACGAAGCGACAGAAACCCUUCAAGUUUGCAAAUUUUCUUACGUCAAAACCGGAUUUUAGGGAGUUUGUCGAGAAGGUAUGGUCACAACGGGUAGAAGGCUUUACAAUGUUUUCGGUAACGAAGAAGCUCCGUAAUCUGAAACCGCUUAUGCGUAAAUUGUUAUUCAAUCAAGGUAAUUUGCAUGAUAAAGUUUUGGAGCUUAGGAAACAGCUUGAUGUUGUUCAGAAACAAAUCGAUGAGAGCCCGUUGGAUUCUAAGGUUGAGUGGUUGUGUGCUGGUGAUUCGAACACGGCGUUUUUUCACAACAUGCUUAAAUGCAGGAAUGCUCGUAGCUCAAUUCAGUCUAUACGAGAUGUAGAAGGCAAUCGGUUUGAAGGAGAUAGUGUGCCUUUAGCCCUUGUCCAGCAUUAUGAAAGGUUUUUGGGUCGAGAGGACCAUGUUUCGAUUAUUAAUAUGGAGGAGCUGGGAAUUAAUGUGCUGAAUACCAAUGAGGCGAGUGCUAUGGUCCGUCAUGUUUCUCGGGAAGAAGUGAAAAGUGCAAUGUUUAGUAUUGCGGAGAAUAAAGCCCCGGGGCCUGAUGGGUAUACGUCGGCGUUCUUUAAAAGUGCUUGGGAUAUUGUGGGUAGUGAAGUUACGGAUGCGGUUUUAGACUUUUUCGGCAAUGGUAAGCUCCUCAAACAACUUAACCAUACAAUUCUGGCUCUUGUCCCUAAAGUUGAAACCCCGGAUUCGGUGCUAGAUUAUCGGCCUAUUUCGUGUUGCAAUGUCUUGUAUAAGUGUAUUAGCAAGAUCCUCACGGAUAGACUUAAGGGUAGUUUGGAUAAGCUGGUUAGCAUAAAUCAAUCGGCGUUCGUCCCGGGAAGGAAAAUAUCAGAUAACAUAUUACUGACUCAAGAGCUAAUGCAUAAUUAUCAUCUGAACCGGGGGCCAGCUAGAUGUGCAUUCAAGAUUGAUAUUCAAAAGGCCUACGACACAGUCAAUUGGGCGUUUUUGGAGAGUGUUCUGCAUGGUUUCGGGCUUCAUACUAAGAUGGUUGGGUGGAUUAUGGCUUGUGUUACUUCAGUUACAUAUUCUGUAAGUCUCCAAGGUAAUCUUCAUGGGUAUUUUAGUGGUAAAAGGGGGCUAAGACAGGGAGACCCGAUGUCCCCUUAUCUUUUCACGAUGGUUAUGGAAAUUCUAUCUUUGCUCCUUCAGCGUGGGGCAUGCACGGGGAUAGGUUUCAAAUUUCAUGCUCAAUGUGUGAAACAGAAGAUUAUUAAUGUGGCUUUUGCGGAUGACCUGUUCAUUUUUGUGCAUGGGGAUGCCAUUUCGGUCAAGAGGGUUAGGGAUGCUCUUGAGAUUUUCACUAAUGCCUCGGGGCUUAAGCCGAGUCCAGCUAAGAGCACGGUUUACUUUUGCAACGUUCCGCAACAUGUCAAGCAGGAAAUUCUUCGGAUUAUGCCGUUUAACCAAGGGACGUUGCCAGUUCGGUAUUUAGGGGUGCCACUAAUAUCCACUAAACUGAUGUAUAAGGAUUGUAAGCCGUUAGUUGAUCGGGUGGAGAAAAAGAUAGGAAGUUGGGUGAACAAAUCGCUAUCUUUUGCGGGGAGGCUACAACUAAUUACUUCAGUUCUGUCUUCGAUGCAUAUUUACUGGGCCUCGGUAUUCAUUAUUCCAUCUAGAGUCACAAACGAGCUGGAGAAGUUAAUGCGUCGGUUCUUGUGGAAUGUUACUAAUCAAGGGAGGGCCAAAGCUAAAGUUGCCUGGGCCGAGGUAUGUUUACCUAAGGAUGAGGGCGGUUUGGGUAUUCGCAGCAUUUCUGAUGUUAACAAAGCUCUAAUGGCUAACCAUGUCUGGUGUAUUCUCACUAAACGGAAGUCUCUUUGGGUCCAAUGGAUAUAUGCUCAUAAAUUGAAUGGCAAAAGUUUGUGGGAGGUUCAACCGCGGGGUAGUAUCAGUUGGGGUUGGAGGAAAAUUUUGGCGAUUCGAGCUACUAUUCGGCCUUUUAUUUGGAAAAUUAUUCGAAGUGGUGCUCAGACCAAUGCUUGGAGUGAUAAGUGGAACCAGAUUUGUCCGCUGAAUUCGUUUGUUUCCCCUCGUAAUAUAGCAAAUGCGGGAUUUCAGCUUAACUCCUCUAUUGCGGAUAUUAUAGAUGAAAAUGGCCAAUGGAAGUGGCCGAGUGCUUGGUACGAUAUUUAUCCGGUGUUGAUUGGGUUAACUGUUCCUCAAUUGAUUCCGGACCUAGAGGAUAGCACAACUUGGAAAGAUUUGGAUGGUAACAACAGGCCGUUUAGAUCUCUAGAGGUGUGGCAUAACAUUCGAACUCGGAAACAACCGGUUACGUGGGUUAACGGGGUUUGGUUUAGCCAAUGUAUUCCUAGGCAUUCGUUUCACCUAUGGUUGGUUAUCAAGAAUAAACUCAAGACUCAGGAUAGGUUAGCAGUUUGGGAGGUGGGGAGUGAAACAAAUUUGAGGCUAAUGUGUUGUCCGCUGUGCAUGAGAGACAGGGAUUCUAGAGACCAUCUGUUUUUUCAGUGCUCCUUUGCCCAGCAAGUAUGGUCUACGGUCAGGACUAUGGUGAAUAUGGAAGACAUUGAUGGUUCGUGGCACUCUAUCAUGGGUUGGUUGGAUCAGAAUGCGAGUUCGAAAAAGACGGAAUACAUUGUAGGUAAGCUAGUCAUUGCGGCUUCUGCUUAUUUUGUAUGGCAAGAGCGGAACAAUCGGUUGUUCUCCAACACGAAGGCAAAUGUGGAGGUCAUUUCGGAGAAGAUCAUAGGGACUGUUAGGCUACGGCUGAUGGGGUUCAGGUUCAAAAGUGGAGCGGGUAAUCAGAGAUUGCUGAAGAAGUGGAACAUUGUUCCUAGUGAAGCCGUAAUCGACCCAGGUAAAAUGGAAAAGAUCAAAGAAAAACAAGCUGCGAAAAAGAAGAAUCAUAAAGCAGCAACUAUUAAAGAAAAAGAUGAUAGUGAUGAUGAUAAUUCGUAUUAUGCAGGUAAAACGAAAGAGAACAAAAAAAUACAAGCUGCGAAAGAUGACAGUGAUGAUGAAAAUGUUCGAGUGAUAAAAAAGCAGGUUAAAAAACAAGAUGACAGUGAUGAUGAAGAUGUUCGAGUGAUAAAGAAGCAGUUUAAAGAAAUUCCAGCUUUCAAGGUUGAAAAGAAAGCUGAUGCAGAAAAGAUACCUGAGAAAUGUGAAAAUUGUGAUACUGUUCCGGUAUGGGUUAAGUUCCAUAACGUCCCUAUUGCAAUUUAUACGGAUGAUGGGCUAAGUUUGUUAGCUUCUAAAUUGGGGACGCCAAAAAGGUUAGAUGGAUAUACGGCGGAUAUGUGUGUGGAUAACUGGGGGAGGAGUAGUUUUGCCCGGGCCCUGAUUGAGGUUAAUGCGGAUAAUGAGUUAAAGGAAUUUAUUACGGUGGCCAUUCCGAAGCUUGAUGAUGAGGGCUAUAUAACCGAAAAGGUGAAGAUUGAGUAUGAAUGGAGGCCUCAGCGUCGUUCGGUGUGCUGUGUUUUUGGACAUAAUGACCAGACAUGCCCUAAGAGUAUAGUAACUAAAGCCAAGCAAGUGGUUGUAGAUGAUGAGGGAUUCAUAACGGAUAAGAGGAAAACGGCUAGAAUUGGGGCUAUGCCAAAGAAGCAGAAGGCCAGGUUUGUGUAUAGGCCGAAAGAAGGGAACUUGGGUGCGAGCUCGUCGGGUACGAAAGAUGGUAAGUUGGACUCUAGUGGGAAACAUAACACGGCAGCUAAGGCGGGAACUAGUGUUGCUACUAGAAAUCCGUUUGAAGUGCUUUCUGAUAACCCGGGGGAGCCUGAGAGUGGUAAUGGGUCGGUGUAUGAGAAGAGGUCUAAUAUGGAAAACGAUAGUGCUAAUCAUGUGUUGUCAGAUGACGAGGUUGUGGAAACGAUUCCAACAGAAUCUUCGGAGUUCAUGAGGCAUGAUAAACGUCCAAUUUCUGAGGGGGCAAGCACUCCCGGUGUUGUCGGUUUAAAUGGAUAG